UCGGGAGCGUUGUACGUUCUAGUCCAAGAAAGCCCAACACAGCCACCACCCACAUGCAUGCACGCAAAAACAGUACUACUGCGAGAUUACAAUUAGCCAGGACAAUUCCGUUAAUCCUACUGCCCGCGUGAACAAGCAGUAGAUCAGCAGCCAGCAAUUAACAUGGCCGUGAAGAUGGCGUCGGACGGGCUGUGGCAGGGAGAGAACCCUCUGGACUUCGCGAUGCCACUCCUCGCGGUGCAGAUAGCCGUCGUGCUCGUCGUCACUCAGGGAUUCGCCUUUGCUCUCAAGCCUUUGCGCCAACCUAGGGUUGUCGCCGAGAUCCUGGGCGGCAUCUUGCUGGGCCCUUCGGCGCUGGGCCGAUGGGGCGCCUUCCACCGCACGCUCUUCCCGGCGUGGAGCACCGCGGCGCUGGACACCGUAUCGGGCCUGGGCCUGCUCCUCUUCCUCUUCCUGGUGGGCCUGGAGCUCGACUUCCGCGCCGUGCGCCGCGUGGGCCCACGAAGCGCCGCCAUCGCCGCCGCGGGCAUCGUGCCCCCGCUGCUCGCCGCGCCGGGCGUCGUGGCGCUCCUCGACCUGGCCGUCCCGGCGCCCGGCCAACGCCACACGUCCUUCUUCUCCCUCUGCGUGUUCCUCGGCGCCGCGCUCUCCGUGACCGCGCUCCCCGUGCUCGCCUGCAUCCUCAAGGAGCUCGGCCUCCUGGCCACGCCCUUCGGGGAGACCGCCAUGGCCGCGGCCGCCGUGAACGACGUCUUCGCCUGGGCCCUCCUAGCCCUCGCGCUCGCCGUGUCCGGCGGCGGCGGAGGCCGCGAGCCGAAGGGGGCCCCUCUCGCGCCGGUCUACAUCCUCGUGUCCGGGGCCGUAUUCGUGGCGUUCAUGAUCUUCGCGCUCCGGCCUCUCAUGGCCGCGCUCAGGGCGCGCCUUGCUGAUCCGUGCGGCUGUGCCGAGAGCGACUUGGUAUGCUCCGGCGCGGUGGCGUGCGCUCUCCUCGCGGGCGCCGUGACGGACGCCAUCGGCGUGCACCCGGUGUUCGGCGCCUUCGUGUUCGGGCUGGCCAUGCCCAGGGAGGGCGGCCUCGCGGAGCGCGUCGGCGAGAAAGUGACGCCUCUGGUGUCCGGGCUGAUGCUGCCGCUCUAUUUCGCCACGAGCGGGCUGCACACGGACGUGGACAACGUCCGGGGCGUGGCCGCGUGGGGCAUGGUGGCGCUCGUGGUGGCCGUGGCCCUGCUGGGGAAGUUCUCCGGGACGCUCGCGGUGGCCCUCGCCGCGACCGGCAUGGCCAGGCGCGAGGCGGCCGCGCUGGGCGUAGCCAUGAGCGCCAAGGGACUCGUGGAGCUCAUCGUGCUCAACAUCGGCAAGGAGAAGAAGGUGCUGGAUGACACCACGUUCGCCAUCUUCGUGAUCAUGGCGCUCACGACCACGGUCGUCGCGACGCCGCUCAUGACGGCGCUCUACCGGCAGCCGCCCACCGCGACCACGCCAGAGAUCGAUGGAGCCGAGCUUAAAGGAGGGGACGCCUGCCCAGCGUAGCUGCACCUGGGUCUGUGUGAAUGCUAUUGUACUAUUUGAGCGUUUCAGUAAGCUCCUCGUAUGUACUGUACUGUAUUAUCGUAAUCGUAGUAGGAUAUCGCAGCCAUGUAUUGCCUGUGUUGCUCUGAUUUUUUAGCCAUCACUGUACUGAACUUCGCAAUGUAUCAUUUCUUUUUGGGUUUAUCGAUGUAAUGUAGCAGUGCGUUGCAGCUAUAUACACCUGAAUCCUAUUCACAUACACCUA